UUGAACAAAUUCAAGUACACAGUACGCAAUACAAUAGUUUUGACAUAAAACUCAGUCAUUUAUGGAAUAGUAGGUCUACUAAAACAACUAUUAUUUGGAAAUGUUCAGUAAACCACUCCAUGUGUAAACUAACUAGGGCUGAUAACCUUAAACUAUUUUGAUAAUACAAGUUCAAUAACAUUUUUAAUUUGUUCAAUCCAUGAUGAUAAUGAUUUACUUCAAAUAUACGGUUAUGAACUUGGCUAAUAAAUAAACUGCAGAUUUUGUUGACUUUAAAAAAAUAUAUAUAAAUAAAUAGUAAAUACUGAGAGGAUAAUGUGGUAAUAUGAUUGGCUGGAAGUACACUAUCUACAAUUGUGUUAUACUGUAGGUUGUGUUUACAUUGAUAAACUGAUUAGAAUGUUACAGUAAUACCAUAUAAAAACCCACAAUCUAAAACUAGCUACCAUUUGAUGUCAUCUUGUAUUCAGUCCUGUAUUAUGAACAACUGAGGAAGUGAUUGAAACAACAUUUUUUUUAUAAAAAGGUAUUACUUAGUAAUGCAAUCCUAUGAUGAGAUCACAAUGUGUACACAAAGAACAUCCACCAUUAAAACAUUCAGUGUGAUACUUGUAAUUGUAAAUUUUCAUGCAUACGAGGCAGUGAGAUUUAUUUACCAGCCAACAGACCAUUCAGCAGUAGAGGGAAAACAAACACAUGUUACCUGUAUCUUCACAGACAUCACCGACGAUAUGGAAGGAAAAUACGAUGUCAUCUGGACUAAAGAGUCUUACAUCAUCAGCAAAAUAAGUAAUGGAUUUGAUCUCAAUCGGUUUAGGUUUCACGAUGAAUAUGCAAACAGACAACACGUUUUAAGGAUUGAUCCUAUCAAGAGGGAGGAUGGAGGAAAGUACAGAUGCCAUUUUCGCUAUGGUGGUGAAAUACUAAAAAUAUCCAACGAUUGUAAACUAACCAUUCGUGAAAUCCCAUCAAAAGCAUACCCACUCAUAGUGUUUGGAAAGCCAACUUACAAGACUGGUGACAAGGUCACAAUAACAUGUUUCUGUGAAAAGACAAAUCCAAUGGCAAAACUGGAAUGGUUACAACCAUCAAAAAUUGGAGUACUAGGACUAACUACCAAAUCACGAGCAAAUAAUACUCAUGCUUGGAUUGAAGUUACUUUUCCUGCAACCCUAGAACUCAACGGUGUUUUCUUUGAUUGUAAAAUAAAAGUGAGAGAUGAAAUUGUUCCAAGAUACUCAGUCAGUAGACAACUUCAUAUCACUGACGGUAGUGAGUUCUUCAUGACUACAUCUAAAAAACCAUCAAGACAGAUACAUCAACAAUAUGUGACACAUUCCUUGUCAACUGACACUGUGUUACAUGCCUCAAAAGAACAAAAUGAUAAAACUUUUGCUGAAGGGACUAAAAGGGAUUUUGGUUUAGGAGUAGUUUUAGGAGUUGUUCUUGGAGCAGUUCUUGGAGCAGUCAUUACCUUAACAUUAACUCUAUCAGUCAUUAAAUAUAGGAAUAGAAGUCACAAACAAAAAGCGCCCUGA